UUGGAAUUUCAUAAGCGCAUCGAAUGCCUCGUUCCAAGCUAAUAACAAUGUGGAACAACGAUGCUACAAACGAAAUUGCCGUCCGAACUUACUGGUAUGCUGUCUUUAAGAAAUGGAGUACGUCGUGAACAAAGUGAAGGAUCUACAAGCUGCCUUAUUUCCGGUAAUGCAAUAGCUGGCCCAUGUCUGCAAACGCGAUUUGGAGGCGAGAGGAAGGACCUAGAUUCCGUCUUAUCCUUGACCUCGGGUUUCGUCAGGUGCCGCGAGACGAAGGAAAGUUUUCAAACACUGUUGGUCGACUCCCAUUUUAUUGGAUUAGACUCGGUGUCGUUAGAAUCACGAUGGCCUACAGAAUGUCAAGUCUUGGCGGACAAGGUUCGGCAUUUGAAAUACAAUCCCGUGGAACCAGAGCCGUUUUACGUUCCUACGGGAAAAGAACCAAAACCAAAACCAAUCGGGGAAGAGUCCGGGACAGUUCUAUUCCAUUAUUGUCCAACAGGUGUCACGAAUUAUUUCAGCAGAUCGUGCAUAGGAGGUAGCGCAGUGUCAAUUCCCGAUACGAUCGAAAGAACUGCGGAUUGCGUGACGCGGUCAAGCGCGACGGACCUCUGCUUCGAAUCUAGAUUUGAAUCAGGGAAUCUUGGCAAAGUUAUUAAAAUUACCGACACUUUUUACGAACUGCAUCUGCGCAACGACCUCUAUACCCAGAGACACACGCAAUGGUAUUAUUUUAGGAUAUCGAACACGAAAAGUGGAACAAUGUACAGAUUAUCCAUUGUUAAUUUAUGGAAGGAAAAUAGUCUUUAUAACGAGGGAUUGAAACCCUUGCUUUAUUCCACUAAAGAUGCAACUGCAAAAUCUAUUGGCUGGAGAAGAUGCGGCGAAAAUAUUAUAUACUAUAAAAAUGAUUCAUCAGAUGACAGAAAGGAGAAGCACACGUUAACAUUUAAUAUUUAUUUUCCACACGAUCAAGAUACUGUUUAUUUAGCAUAUUGUUAUCCUUAUACAUACACAGAUUUGCAGGAGUACCUAAUAAAAAUUGCUAACGACUCCAUAAAAUCGCGUUUCACAAAAUUACGUAUGCUAUGCCGAAGCCUGGCUGGCAAUGCAAUUUAUUAUUUAACAAUAACUGCACCUACGAUAAACGACGAGACACAGCGUAAGAAGGGUGUUGUGAUCACGGCCCGCGUGCAUCCGGGCGAAACGCCCUCAAGCUGGAUUAUGAAAGGGAUCAUCGACUUUCUAACUGGCGAGUCCAAUCAGGCAAAGGAGUUGCGCGAGCGCUUUAUCUUCAAGCUCGUGCCGAUGCUGAAUCCAGAUGGCGUGAUCGUCGGCAACAACCGGUGCUCGCUCUCAGGCGUCGAUCUCAACCGGCAAUACCGCACCGUCAUCAGGGAAAGUUACCCCGCUGUUUGGCAUACCAAGCUCAUGAUACGCAGACUCAUGGAGGAGUGCGGCAUCGCACUCUACUGCGAUCUCCACGCACACUCGCGCAAGCACAACGUCUUCAUUUACGGCUGCGAGAACAAACGAGGUGGAUGUAUAGGGACCCUCGCCGAGCAGGUUUUCCCGUUGAUGCUCCACAAGAAUGCCGCGGACAAGUUUUCCUUUGAAAGCUGCAAAUUUCAUAUAGAGAAGAGUAAAGAAGGAACUGGGAGAGUUGUCGUUUGGCUGAUGGGAAUCCAAAAUAGCUACACGCUGGAAGCUUCGUUGGGUGGCUCGAAAUUGGGUUCUAGAUCGGGCACACACUUUUCCACCCAAGAUUACGAGCAAACCGGCAAAGCCUUCUGCGAGACGUUGCUCGAUUUUUCCGACAACGACCCGAUUAAAGAAAAUUUACGCAACAAGAUUUUAUCGAGAUUGGCGAAAGAGGGAUCGAGUGCCGAUGAACCAACUAAUAUUGACCUUACCGAUUACUCAAGUGACGAAGGAGACACUUCGGACAGUUUGAGUGAAAAUGACGAGAAAUACGACGAGGAAAUGCUAAAGCGUUCGGGAUUGUACAUCGAAGAUCCUCGAUACUUAUGCGUGCCGCCUACAUCCUCUGUACUAUUAAAACCAGCCACGAUCGAUCCAAUUCGUAAAACAAAAAAGCCCAAGGGCAAUUUAUCAAAAAAUGUUCUUUCGCGUAAAAAGCUAAUGCAUAAUAGAAAAGCCAUGGAUUUACCAAGAACCGAUCCAGGAAGCGAUCUAUACGAGUUGAGUGAUUCAGAUGAUGAAACUAAUGUUCGCUCUGCUACAAAAAUGAAAAGUAAAAGUUCCGACGAGGAUGCACAAUUUUCUGGCAAAGAAAAUCAGCAAAAAAUAGAGUCUGAUUUAAGUUUCCCUUUAAUUGUUAGGCCUCGCAGUCUUUCGCUUGGCGAGGAAAUUAUUUCUGAGGAUUUAACUAGAAAAAAUAAACGUCGUUUACGUCACCGCAGAAUGCCUAGGACCCUGAGAAAUUUGUCUCCGCUAAUGCAAAGAAGCCAACAUGUCCAGAUGAAAUUGUUAACAUUAAGGCGGCAAGUUUGGACAGGGGUGGGAAAUCUUAAAUUAGAAAAUGAAAAGGAUAAGCUUUCUUUAACAAAUAAUUAUCCUCUUAGUUGGGGUGUUCCAAAAAUGCCUUACGAACAUCAGACAAACGAUGAAGUAUCGAUCGAGCCCUGUUCAAAAAAACUCGACGAAUUGGGCAGUGGUAAAAGUGAUUUGAAAAAACAGAAGAAGAAAGUGCGCAAAAAAUCGACAAAGAUUAUUGAUGCACCUUCGGAAGUUAAUAAUCUGGAAGAAGAGAAUCGGCAGACUAAAAAGAAAAAGCCAAGAGCCAAGCGCCACAAAGUGGUAAAAUCUAGCUUGGAACCAUUGGAUAACAAUACAAUUAUGGUUACUUCCGAUGGAUUGGAUUCAUUAAAACUCUGUGGGACUGCCAAACUUCCAAAAAUUCUGUCUAAACAUAAAACAGACUCUAGGAGAAAAUUAAAUAAACUGAUUGGGUCCGCGGCGAUUACAGCUGCAAAAUCAAAAGUAAAAUCACAUGCCGAUUCGGUUGGUGACAGUUCGAGCGCUGAAAAUUCACCAGUCGUCAUAAGACGCAAUAGUAUUAAGAAAAAAUAUAAUUCAUCGACUGGAAAGAAACUCACACCAAGUGUAAUAAUUGCUAAAAAAAAUACCAAAUGAAUUUGUUGGACAUUCGUUCUUUAUACAGACUGUAGUAUGGUUAACUUUGCACUGCCAGUAACAUUUUAUAUUACAUACUCAAUGGCGCCACUGAAA